GCAGGCGUACAAUCAUGAGCAGCUUACGACACUCAGUGAACACUAGGUGCCUCUGCAUGCUCUAGCAACAUACUGCUCAGCUGAAGGGAAGGGAUUCUUGCUGUCUCUCUCUGCUCUAAGCAUCACCUAACAAGCAAAGCGAACAAAGAAUGGGAAAUAAAGCUACCCUUAGCCGGUCAGUGAAUGAAUGGUAAUCUCUCUAUGGAGUAAAGGUUGUGCCGGUCAAUGGUCGUUGCAAAUGAUGGACAUUAAACAGAUUGACAAAUCCUGUGGAGUCGUUAGUACAGAGUUUGGAGUUUUUUUCACGCCACAGUGUUAACUGCAGAGAAAAGGACAGAGGGAGAAGGAGAAGAUCAAGCUCAUGUACAUAGUUCUGAAACUUGCAGGUCCUAGGAGUCAGCUAAAAAGCUAGCUGGACAAGCCUUUCGCUCUUUGAGCAGAAGCAAAGUGAGACAUUGUGAGCUUGCCAGCCUUGCACAAAAUUGAAAGGGACUGAAUUUGUAGCACAGAGGGGUCUUUUUUAGCUCUGCAUAUAAUUAGUCCAAACACAAAGGAAGCAACUGAAUGGAGGUUGUCACUCUCUGGAAAAGGGUGGGUAAGACACUUUUUAAUUAAAUUCUUUCAUGAAGAAAGAUUUUUUUUUUCCUUUGCCGCAGCAUUUAACAUAAACAAAAUCACUAUCAUUUUACCUUUGAAUGUCUGUGAACUUUAAUGCUGCACAGCUCCUGCAUGCUGUAAAGUGAAAUAUUUGCCUCUGUGUUUGCUCUGUUUGCUGUUUUGCUUUGGUUUUCUGCCUCGGUUUUGGGUUUUUGGGGGUCUGGGUUUGUAUUUUUUAUUUUUGUCUUUUUCUUCUUUCUUUUUUUUUUUUUUUCCUUAAAUAAAAUAUGAUGUAGAAUUUGAAAAAGAUUCAAUGGACAUUCUCAAGCAUAUUUGGAAAUAUCCUUGCUAAUGGAUUUCCUUCUUAUUGGUCUCUGUUUAAACUGGCUGCUGAGGAAGCCCCCGGGGUUGAUAUUGUGUACGCUGGGUAUCUUUUCUAAAAUGCUUCCAGCUGUGAAUAGUGGGUGUCCACAGCUAUGUCGGUGUGAGGGCAGGCUUUUGUACUGUGAAUCACUGAAUCUUACAGAGAUGCCUCGCAACCUGUCGGGCAUGAUGGGCUUGUCUCUGCGGUACAACAGCCUUUCAGAGCUGCAUGAUGGACAGUUCACAGGGUUAAUGCAGCUCACGUGGCUCUAUCUGGAUCACAAUCACAUUUGCUCAGUGGAGGGGAAUGCCUUUCAAAAAUUGCGGCGAGUUAAAGAGCUCACCCUGAGUUCCAACAAAAUAACCCAACUGCCCAACACCACUUUCCGACCCAUGCCAAACUUGCGCAGUGUGGAUUUAUCAUACAACAACCUACAGUCUUUGGAGCCUGACCUGUUUUACGGGCUGAGAAAACUCACAACUUUGCACAUGCGGUCGAACGCCAUCAAGUUUGUGCCAGUGAGAAUUUUUCAGGACUGUCGCAGCCUGAAGUUUCUAGACAUAGGAUACAAUCAGUUAAAGAGCCUGGCUCGAAACUCUUUUGCGGGCUUGUUCAAACUCACUGAGCUGCACCUCGAGCACAAUGACUUGGUGAAAGUCAAUUUAGCCCAUUUUCCCAGGCUCAUCUCCCUGCAGUCUCUCUGCCUGCGAAGGAAUAAAGUUACCAUUGUAGUAAACACUUUGGACUGGAUAUGGCAACUCGAGAAACUGGAUCUCUCCGGCAACGAAAUCGAAUACAUCGAACCUCACGUUUUCGAAAGUGUACCUCACCUCAAAUCCCUGCAGCUGGACUCCAACCGGCUGACCUACAUCGACUCCCGAGUCCUCGACUCCUGGAAGUCCCUCACUAGCAUCAGCCUUUCUGCAAACGCUUGGGAUUGCAGCCGUAACGUUUGUGCCCUGGCCUCCUGGCUGAGCACCUUCAAGGGUCGCUACGACAGCAACCUGCUUUGUGCCACCCCUGAGUAUGCACAGGGUGAGGAUGUUUUGGACGCGGUCUACGCCUUCCACUUGUGUGAAGACACAACAGACCCGACGAGUGCGAACACCCUCUCCCCGGUAACAAACAACAGCGACCAAACGUUCAGCUAUGGCUCGGCCACCGCCACGUACGACGUGCAGGACGGCGACGAGGACUGGACAACAUACGCCAUCACCGUCACCAUGCCCGGCGAGAACUCGGAGAACGCCGUUCAGAUUCAUAAGGUGGUGACGGGGACCAUGGCCCUGAUUUUUUCCUUCCUCAUCGUGGUUUUGGUGUUGUACGUCUCCUGGAAGUGCUUUCCAGCCAGCUUAAGGCAACUAAGACAGUGCUUUAUAACACAGCGCAGAAAGCAGAAGCAAAAACAGACCAUGCAUCAAAUGGCUGCCAUGUCAGCCCAGGAGUAUUACGUUGAUUACAAACCCAACCACAUUGAGGGAGCCCUGGUGAUCAUUAAUGAGUAUGGAUCUUGUUCCUGUCACCAGCAGCCAGCGAGGGAAUGUGAGGUGUGAUUUUCCUUGGGGAUUUAAACAGUGUGCAACCAAAUAACAGCGUGCAGGCAGACGGUGGCACGAGGUGGGGGGGGGGGUGGGUGGGUUGCUGUGCUUGGCUGGUGAUUUCUGAUGUGCUCCUCUGCCGAAAUUGUUAAGAGGGGCUGUCUAAAAGACUUGAUAUUUUAGCUUUAUCUUGUCUUAAAAACCUUCAGGACAGUCAAUCUUAAGAUUUCAUAUGCUAAUAACUCCCUUUGAAGAUCUGUCAAUAUUCAGGAAUCUGAGAGUGUAAAAAGGUACCAAUUAUUGAUCUUUUGUAAACUAAGAAAACUGUUUAAAAUAAAAACAAAUAGCAUUUACAGUUUUUACAGACUGGUGUAUAUUACAUGACUUGUUCCCUGUAUACAAAAAUGCAACAGUUUAACCUCUUUUUCUCUUCAUUCUGAGCGUUGAAAUGAAAGUCUGGGAGCAAAGAAGCCACGUAAAAUAGAAAGCUUAAAAUUAACCAGAUGGCUUCACACUGUAAUUAGCACACGUUCACUUACAUCAUGUUACUGAAGAUAUGAAGCAUGAUACUGGAAUUAUAUUUUUGUUAAUGUGCUACCUGUAACUGGAUGUCAGUACAACAAGGAGCCAAUGCACCUCAGAAAGGCUAAAGUUUUGACUGUCUCCCUGGGACAGGAUUUCUGAGGAUUUUUAAGUACAGCUCACUUGUUCGUUGCUGUAAGAUCCAUAAAAACUUCAUCCUAACCCCUGAAAGUAUUUUGUAUCAAAACUGAUUAUAUUGCAAAGUCUCACUAAAAUAAAACAUCCAACUAGACCCAAAAUGACCAAAUCACUGCCAGAAUGUCCUCAGCAUAAUUUCCUUUAAAGUAAAAAGGACAAAAAACUUCUAAAUUCAAGGGUUUUUACUAGCAUUUUCCACUUCUAUGCUUGUUUUGACAUAUGCUAAGAGUAAAGAAACCCUUGCUUUGUGCACUGUGGUGCCAUGGUGAAUGGAGAAGAGGAAAAGCUAUUUGGUUCUCAGUGGUGAAACCUAUGUGUCUUUCAGGAGUAAAAGCUUGGCUCUAACACUGUCAGAGUAAGACAGAGUUAUUAGAGCAUACUUCUGGGUCCUAUAGUAAACUGCUAGCAAAGCCUAUGUCGUGUCCUUCAUUUUCACCAUCAGCCUUCACUAACAAAACCACUCUAAAAUCUCUGCAGAGGGUGAAAGUAUACGAAACCUCCUUACUAAUGACUGAUGAAUGGAACUGAUGGAUAUAAGCAGUGAUUUAAUAAUGUGGAAUCACAGAGCUGUUUUAUCUGACUGCCCUUAAAUAAAGCCUUCCUUUCCUUGUA